AUGUCCAAAGACUUAGGUGCACACUUCAAGAAAUUCGAGAUGUGGUUGGAGUGGGCUGGCACGCGUGAGAUUGUCUUUCCAAUUCCCACCGACAAAGAUGGUAAUGAGCACCAAGGAUUCACGACACUCCACGAAAGAGACCCAGCUAUUGAAACGGAAAUACGUCGGCGGGUGAGGGAGCUCCAUUAUGCCCUCCAGGGCACGAAAACAAUAAACCCAGAAGUAGACCUUGAUUAUUCUCCGGCUAUGGUAGCGGCAGGUAGGAGUUUUCAUAUCGACCGGAGCUCGCGUUACAUCUACAAGCGUUAUUUGUAUGAUGUUUACGAUAUCCGUUCCGACCCGUCCAUUGAUAUCUUCGAUAUGUUGAACGGCUUCACCACCGUAACGAUCCCUCAUGAUGAGGAAAACCAUCCGACGCGGCAAUUCUUCGGUAUACACGAAACUAUGUGUAAGAUUGCCAUGGAUAUUAAGGCAGAGCAGCUUGCGGAAGAACAAGCAAUUGCAGCAAGAUCAGUGGCCCAAGAGCAACCUAUGGCACCCGGCGAGGGACAGGCCGCAGAAUCUAGGCCAGUUUCGCCUUUCCGAAAACGUGGUAAAGAAAAUCUUCAAAAAAUGAAGAGGCGUGUCACGAACCUGAUACCUGGUCUAUUCCUAAGUCGCCCUAAGAACGCUACCGACAAUGCCGAUAGAAAUAAGGAUUCUCUUCCAAUGCCGGGAUUACCGACGUAA